AUGGGGACACGACAAGGAUGGCGGCAUGACGACGAGGACAGGAACACGAUGAGGAUGGCAGGGGCACAACGACGACGAUGGCAGGGCAUGACGAGGACGGCGAGGGCACCCUUCACCUCUGCCCUCAGCCUCGUUCACGCCUCCCAUCCUCUGCCUCGCCCUCUCGCCCUCUCGCCCUCCGACACCCCGCCUUCUCGCCCCUCGGCCGCCCUCACGCUCUGCCCCAUCCUCUGCCCUUGCGCUCGCACUCUGCCCUGCCCUUUCGCCCUUUGCCCCACCCCUCGACUUUUGCCCUGCCCCUCACCGGUCACCCUUCACCUGUGCCCUCUGCCUCCGCCCCUCAACCUCUGCCUCCACCCCUCAACCUUUGUCCCACCUGUUGCCUGUUGCCCGUUGCCCUUCCUCCCCAUCCUUUGCCUUCGGCCUCGCCCUUCGCCCUUCACCGUCGCCCUUCACCCCCACCCGUCGCCUCCUGCUCAGCACCUACAACUAGCAGCUCAAGGAGAAGGGGAGCACAAGGAGGGGGGAGCACAAGCACCCAAAGAGUCCCCACAAGCACCCAAAGAGGGCGAACGAGCAGAGGCCCUGCCCACAGCAUUGAGCCCCGGCACGCACAGCAACGGCCUCUCCGUGGGUGGACUGUUUAAUCACAGUCCUGACAUCGGACAUGGCUGUGGUGCGAUCGUGAGCUAUUCCACCCCUUAUGCCUCAGCAAACUCGAUCAGUACUCACUGUCAAACAUUCUUAGGCAAGACUCAUCUUGGAUGGGAAACAGCUAGCGAUAUGAACCCAUCGGCCCCCACAACACCGGAGCUCCAAGUGCAGUGUCCGAAUCCCAACUUCAACUUCCACAAACUCUUCUUGGCCAGCCUCGACCGUGCAGAUGCCCCAGCCACAGAAAACGACGACGACGUUUUUGGAACCUCCUCUCUGACCACUCCUGAACCAACUCCUCCCUCAUCAACCAUCAUUUGA